CAUUUACAACGUAUAUACUCUGUGGAUUUCACCAGUCAGUAUUUCAUACCACACAGUAUUUCUUCUGUAUUCUGUAGGAAGUUUUUAUACUCUUUCAAUUCGUAGUUUCCAUUGCAUGACACUAUAGUAUAUCGGAAUUCGCAUAUAAAUAAUUUGUUUAUCAAGAGGUAGAAAUUGACUAGUUCUCACAGAAGCGUCAUAUUAAAUUUGUUUUCAAGAUAUUAUUCUUAUAUAUUAAACAUUUAUAAAGAUGCCGAAUAUUAAAUUGCAGUCGUCAGAUAAUGAAAUAUUUGAUGUUGAUGUGGAAAUCGCCAAAUGUUCAGUUACAAUCAAAACUAUGUUAGAAGAUUUAGGUAUGGACGAUGACGAGGAGGAAGUGGUUCCUUUACCCAAUGUAAAUUCUGCAAUUUUAAAGAAGGUAAUUCAGUGGGCAACUUACCAUAAAGACGAUCCUCCUAUACCCGAAGAUGACGAGAACAAAGAAAAGCGAACUGAUGAUAUUUCUUCUUGGGAUGCAGAUUUUUUGAAAGUUGAUCAGGGUACCUUGUUCGAAUUAAUUUUGGCAGCUAAUUAUUUAGAUAUAAAAGGGCUUUUAGAUGUCACCUGCAAGACGGUAGCGAAUAUGAUUAAGGGAAAAACACCUGAAGAAAUUCGUAAAACGUUCAACAUCAAAAAUGAUUUUACAGCAGCUGAAGAAGAACAGGUUCGCAAAGAAAACGAAUGGUGUGAGGAAAAGUAAUGUAGAUUUUAACUGAAGUCUUAAGUCUCGAUCCAUCUAGGAGAAAUAUAGGUUUAAGCUUUUGACCUAAUGAUGCUGUUAAUACAACAUUUUCUAUAUCCACAAAUUAUUUCAGUUAAUAUAAAAACAUAAGUUACUAUGGUAUCUUUCUCAUUAACUUAAUCACAUUAAAAUUUUUGAAAUAAACUCUCGCAUGACAAAUAGUAAAGUAUAUCCCAUGAAUACCAUUAGGUGGUUUAUAUUAACUCAUGUUAUCUAUUUUAGUUUCAUUUAAUGUAUAGAGAAAUGAUCAAUGUUGUGUGUAAAUUUAGAUUUUAGUUUAAAUCUUUAAUAAUAAUAAAGGCUAGAAAAGCUUGUGAUUUGGUGUAAUUUAAAAUAUAUGUUUUCAAUGAA